UUCAAUGGAUUUCGCAUUAGGGGAACCUGGGAAGUAUGGAUUACGUGGAUGCGUUAGAUAAAGAGCCGUGGGCUCUUUGGGGUUACAAUCCAAAUAAAUUGAAAUCCCUUUGACGUGCGGCGAGCAGCAAAGUUCGAGAGAGAGAGCGAGAGGGUGAUUGCGGUGUGUGACCUAGAGAGGGAGAGAGAGUUCAGAAAUGGCGAGGGAUAAUAGUUGCGUUUCUAGAGUGGCCGCAGGGGCUGCAAUGGGCGGGGCGAUCGGUGGCGCUUUUGGUGCUGUUUUUGGGACUAUAGAUGCUAUCAGGUACAAGGUUCCUGGACUUUUGAAGAUCAGACAUAUUGGCCAGAAUACGGUUGGAGGUGCAGCCAUCUUCAGUGUGUUCCUUGCUGCUGGGAGCUUAAUUCACUGUGGGAGGUCUUAUUAAACACUUCAGUUUCCAUUUUUGUGUCUGUGAACAAGCUUUGUUGAAUAGGAUGAUUGGUUGUGAGAUGAAUUUGAUCUUCAAGAAAGUGACCCUUAGUGGUAAAAGUGUAUUUUGGUGUUAUAGAUAGUUACUGUAUUGAGUGGUAAAAGCCUAGUUAUGGCCACAAUGAUGACUUUUGAUUUGUUAAUCUCUCUCAUGUCAAACUUAACAUGUGCUAAUAAAGAAUGCUCUCUCUCUUUGUAUUUU